AUGGCGAGCAAAGUGGCCAAGCAGCCGCUAGUCGUGCCAACCGAUACCGUCGUCCCGCUGAGCCAGUUUGACAACCCCAUGCCGCUGCAACGCAUGUUUAUAUACUCCACGUUUCUGUUUGACCAUGUUCUCAACGUCAGCAUGUUGCGGAACGGUCUCGAGGCCCUCAUUGAGCGGGAUGGCUGGCGGAAGCUUGGCGCAAGAUUAAGGCGAAACCCAAGAACAGGAAACCUGGAGCACCAUAUCCCGGUCAGAUUCACCGAGCAAAGGCCGGCCAUCAAGUUUCACCAUGCCAAAUACGACAUGGCGAGGGCGCGUCAUCCUGUAGCGUCCAAACUGCCGAGUACAACACCACAUUUGCCCGCCGUUAUGGCUGAUCCCAACGACUUUGAGUCUCUUUGGUUCCACCCGGAUGCCCCAGCAAAGCUUGGUGACCACCUCAACAGGGAUGAACCUCAGCUAUGCCUUGUUGUUGCGUCGUUUGACGACGCCACUCUUGUCUCGCUAUCCUGGCCACACUCACUGUGUGACGCGUUGGGCUUGGGGGAGUUGCUUCGUGCUUGGUCCUUGAUGAUUCGCGGUCAGCAUCAUGAGGUACCAAAGCCCUUUGGGGAUCGCCAUGACCCCCUGGCCGAGCUCGGCUUGCAUCCUACGGAGCCGUAUAAGCUUGAGGGUUCACAGUUGUCGUGGCUGGGUCUUUUCAUAUACUACCUCAGGACUUGGCUCAAGAUUGUCCUUGACAAGCCGCGUAGCCGAAUGAUAUAUGUUCCGGGCCCAUACAUUCGAUGCCUCCGCGAGAAAGUCGUACGCGAGCUAUCGGAUGAGAGUCGGAGCGUCAGGGAGGAAUUUGUGAGCGAAGGCGACGUUCUUUCGGCAUGGUGGGCGAAGAUCAACGUCGCGCACUUGUCCGGCAACAGGUCCAACAAACUCUUUCAUCUCAUCAAUGCCCUCGGGUGGCGUCCCACCCUGUCAGAGGACCUGCUUCUUGCUCACAGGCCGUACAUAUCAAACGCGGUUGGACUUGGCAGCGUAUUGAUUCCUGCCAAGGCCAUCGCCGCCAAACCGCUCAGCUAUGUGGCGAGGCAGAUUCGGCAGUGUAUCGUCGAGUCUCGUCAGCGGGAGCAGAUUGAAGCCUACGCUGCACUGUGGAGGAAGUCGCCCGGCAAGAUCCCGCCGCUGUUUGGAAAUGCAACGAUGCAUGUCAUCACCUGCUCAAACUGGUCAAAGGCUGACCUGCUCGGUCUUGACUUUUCUGCAGCUCUUACAGCACAUGCCACUACAUCCUCCACUGUCACGGAGCCCGGCCGCCCUUGUUAUGUGCAGAGUUGCUUUCGUGGUGUACAAUUGUCGGAUUUUUUGGCGAUUCUGGGCAGAGACUGUCGAGGGGGAUACUGGUUGACGGGCAUUACCAGCGAGAAGCACUGGGCCAUCAUUGAGGAGGCAAUGACGAAGAUCUGA